AUGUUCUCGCUCGGACUCAACUCGGGCGCCUUCUGGGCGCGCCCCCUCCGCACGGCGUCGCGCCGCAUGAUCGCCACGGCCAAGACGUCGCCCGCGCGCCAGCAGGAGAUCCUCAUCGCGCAGCGCAAGAACAGACCCGUGUCGCCGCACCUGACCAUCUACCAGCCGCAGCUGACUUGGUACCUGUCGUCGCUGCACCGUGUCAGCGGUGUGAUCCUCGCGUUCGGGUUCUUCGCCACGACCAUUGCCUUCGGCACCUCCGCGCUGCUCGGCCUGGGUCUCACCUCCAACAACCUCGCCCGCUGGUACCACGAAAAGGUGCCCCGCUGGAUGGACCUCACCGCCAAGGGCUCAUUCGCCUACCUGUUCGCGUUCCACUUCGCCAACGGCCUCCGCCACCUGAUCUGGGAUGCCGGUAAGGCCCUGACGCUCCGCGGCGUCUACACCACGGGCUACGCAGUCAUGGCUGUCAUGGCUCUCGGAGGUACCUACUUGCUCACUUGGUGA